CAAACAACGUAUAAGCCCAGCCACGCACGCCUCACAGCCGCAAAACCAUCGUCGAAGCUGCGACUUUGCUUUUGCAGCCUGGCAUAGCCUUUUGUACUCUGCCGUGUCCAUUCCAGGUUCUGUUCUGUCCAAGCCGUGUAUCGUGCUCGCUAUAGAGCUUCGACUAGAGCUCCGCCGAUAAGACCAUCUAAUCAACACCACCGCCUGUCGUCGCCAUCGCUGCGCAGCCCACCUGAGCGCGGCAGCCGAUCCGGUGCAGCUGGCCAUUGCAUUGCUCGUCCUGGGCUGGAACGGUACAUCCUGUCUUUGGACGCGGCCGGCGCAGUGCCUCUCUCACAUAGACUUGGUGAUAGAGAGUAUAUCUCAGACCCGCAACCAUGAGCUCGACCGCCGUCCAACCGCCGCCCCCGCCCAUCUCAUUCGCGCAACAGCCACCCUCGUCGCCGCCGGCCUUCUCGAGUGCACACUCGCCCGCCGAGUCACACCCUUACACACAGCCCGCCAUGUCGUCGCCGCCGCCGCCACCACCCCCGCAGCAGCCGCAGCAGCAAAGUGCUGGGGACAUGGAUAUGACCACUUCCACCACAUUGCCGCCCGCCGGCCAGCGCCACGACCGGGAAGAUGCAGACAUGCAAGACGGCUUGACAAACGGUCUACAGCCGGGUGCAAGCAACACGCCGACCCACAACCAGACAAAUAACGUCGCUAUAGAAGUCGCAGCGGUUUCAGCCGACGAAGACGUCAUGGACACCACGUCCGACGACACACAGGGCCUCGUUCUGCCAAACAGCUCAGCCGAGCCCGCCGCAAUCACGCCAUCUUCACCCCCGCUGGCAGAGGGGCCGGGCAGCGACCAGGACGCCCAACAUGCCACCAGCACCACUCCAAAUGAUGCUCCGCCAGAAGAGCCCCCAGCUCCAUCAAUAGACCUGCAACCGCCGCCGCCGCCUCCGCCCGUUGACCCCGUCCAAACCGAUUCCGACUCGUCCGACGAGGAUGGAGGUCAGCCAUGGCAUCCGAUUGCCGAAGAUACAUCUGCACCCGAGGAGGACGAGCUGAAGGAGAUCGAGGCAACCACCGAAUACAGCGCGUUGGAUCAUGAGCAUUGGGAAAAGAUGGCCUUUUCUCCCCUGGAGGAUCCUGAAUAUACACCGGGCGAGAGCGGUCGCAUAGAAUGGCUCAUUGAUAAUUACAACGGCACGCGCGAUAAUCCCAAUCGUGAUCUGGUCAUGAAGUCGAAACCGGUUACUAUCGGCGGACAUGAAUGGCAGAUCAAGUUUUACCCGAAAGGUAACGACUCCGACUAUCUCAGUGUGUACGUAGAAUGCCUCAGCGUUGGAAACGAGAAAAACAAAGACAAUGCAGAAGGUAGCCAUCAGAAGCCUGAAGACGAUGUGGAGGCAAGCAUUGACAACAGUGCUCACUCGGGCUCAGCAGAGACACAACACGCUCCUUUGCCUCUGCUCGACUCGAAAACAGUGCCCAAAAGAAAAGGUGUUGCUGCACAGGUCUCCGUUGUCCUCUACAACCCUACUGAGCCUCGUGUCAAUUAUUCACGAACCUGCCUGCAUCGAUUCUGCACGACGUCGCCUGAUUGGGGCUGGACACGCUUUCAUGGACCACAUUAUGAUAUCCCCCAUAGGAUUCGAGGUCAUCGACAGGCCCUUCUCCGGGAUGAUAAGCUUGCAUUCACUGGCUACAUCCGUAUCGUUAAUGACGAGACUGGCUGUCUCUGGGAACAUCCCAGCUCAGAGAACGUCUGGGACAGCUUCGCCAUGACGGGACUGCAAUCGGUGGCGCUCCGAGACAACGGCGGCUCUCCAGACGGAAAUAUCGUCUCCGCCGUCAUCUCUUGGCUGGGUUUCAAGCCUUUUAGGCAGUUCUUGUACAGCUUCAAGACCCCUGACGGCGAGAAAGCGCCGUUUGCUCAACCCAAGCCGCUCAUCGGGGCUUUCCAGAAAGUCCUGUAUCUGCUCAGGACUCAAGUCCAGCCUGGCGCGGGCUCCGUCGACCUGGGGGUCAUCGACGAUGCACUGGACUGGUACGGUCUCUCGGAACCGCUACACAAGUUCGACGUCGUGCAAGUAUGGGAGUGUCUCCGCACUAAACUUGAGGAGGAAUUGCGGGAAACAACCUCUGUCAAUGUCCUCGAGGACAUUUUCGGCCAAAAGCGCGAUUACACAAAAGGCGUCUCUAGCUACCGAACCCCAGUUGUCGGUGUGGGUAGCAUGCAGGAAGCCGUCAACCAGACUCCAGAGCUCAUGAACCCGGACAGCAGUCUCCCUCAACUCUUGUCUGUUGAACUAGAACGGCAAUUCUUCGACAGCGCUUCGCGGUCGUACGUCAAGGUCCUCAACAAAGUGUCACUGGAUGAUUUUAUCACCAUACGAGGCACGUCAUAUACGCUCUAUGGCUUUGUAGUGCAUAAGCAGACCCUUCAAUCAUGCGUCUACCAAACUAUACUCCGGCCUGAAGGACCCGGCUCCCGAUGGUACCACUAUUCCGAUAGUCGAGACGGGAAUAAGGUCACCUGCUUGACACAACGACAAGCUGUGACGGCGCACGAAGGCCAGGUUGCAACCGCUCGCACGACAGGUAGUGAUGCUAUCGCUUACAUCGCGAUGUAUGUCCGCGACAACGUAGCACAGUCUGCUUUCAACUCGCAAGCUGAGUCGGAACAAUGGGAAGUUCCGGAAUGGAUACCCCGAGAGCUCGAGAGGCAAAAGCUUGCUGAACAGCUUCCUCCAAUCCCGCUCCCGACAGAGGAUCCAGGGGCGGCCCUGCCUGCGGAAGCGGAGGAGAUUGUUUCGGAAACGGCGGGCAUUGAGGAGCGCGAAUUCCAAGUGGUUGAUUCACAGGUCUUUCUGCAACACGAAGGUCCAGGGUUCUUCGAUGCAUUCGACCAGAAGUGGCGAUCCGACAGCUCUGGUUUGUUGGCUUCAAUUACGCUCAAGAUAACCGACAAGUGUCCAGACAUUCGCGAAAAGAUCGCUACCAUCUUCAAGGAUGUUAAAAACAUCCAGGAUCCUAGGCAAGUGAAGUUCUGGUUCGUCGAUACCUAUCAGGGUUCUUCUGCACACCCUCUGCUAGUGGGUACGGGCAAGAUCGAAUAUUCAAGCGGGAGCUACAACCGCUUCGCUGAGGAUGUCAAAGAUUGGAAACUGGAGAGUGCAUCCGGGGAUUGGGCUUGCCGUCGCCUUUGGGUUCACAUCGUCCCCUUCACCGACCUGCCUGAGGCCCCCAAAGAGUCUGUGCCCACUCCUGAAGAGACUGCGCGAGGUCCUUCUGAGUCAGCCCAGAGUUCUGAACAAGUUCCUACAUCAUAUACACCCGAGGACAAUGACGCUCCUGCUCCGGUAAUAGAAGUCGAGCAGCCAGUGCCGCAUCCAGAUUUAGAAGACACACCUAUGAGUGAGCCAGGGGAGCCAGAACCGGCGCCGCCGCAGACCAGCUCACCUCCCUCGGGCGUCGAACGCCAAGGUUCUCCUACCAACGCAACACCUGAGGUUAUUGAUACCGCUAUGGUUGAAGUCGAAGCAUCCGCAGCGCCAGAUCCUCCCGUGGUUGAUGUAUUCAUUCCCAACGAUGCAAGCGACGAUACAGAAAUGGGUGGAACUCAAGAAGAAGUCACGCCGCCGCCGCCACCCCCGAUUGACUUUGCCAUGCCUCCGCCUGUUGAUAUACAAGAACGCCCUCGAACCCCUCCAGGUGAAGCACCGCGGCCGCGAACUCCAGAGCCUCCGCCUGAUGAAAUAUACUUUUUCGUCAAGUACUUCGAUGCCGAGAAGCAGACUUUGGAACCUAAAGGCUCCUUCAUAACUCCCAAGCCCGCGCGUCUCGACAUCACAGUGCAAAAGCUGCUGGAGUUGCCCGACACAAAAUUCGAAUGGUGGGAAGAAGAAGACAUCGUUCAAGCCCGGUCCCUUCGGCGCAACAAGUCUUUCAACUCAAACGACCUCCACAACGCUGCUACCAUCGUCUACACAACCCCCCUCACCGACGAGCAGAAGAGCGCUCUUGCAGACCGCGCGGCCUUUGCCGACCUCCCGCAAUACCUUCGGUUCCGCGCCAACGCUCGAAACUUUCCAUCGCGAAUGAAUGGCCACUUUACGUUCAACUACUUCUCAUCCCAGUAUUACAAGGGCGAGUACGUCAAGGGUCACCGCCACGGGCACGGCAGCCGCAUCUACCACUCGGGUGCCACCUACGAGGGGUCCUUCCGCCUCGGCCAGCGCCACGGGCACGGCCUCUAUACCUUCCAGAACGGCGACACGUACGACGGCGACUGGGUGGCCAACCAGCAGCACGGCACGGGCACGUUUGUGGAAGCGACAACCGGCAACACGUACACGGGCGGGUGGAAGAACGACAAGAAGUUCGGCGAGGGCGUGACGCACUGGAAGAGCGCACAGGAGACGGAGCGCUUGUGUCGGAUCUGCUGGGAGGAGGAGGCCGAGGCUGCUUUUUAUGACUGCGGGCAUGUGGUCGCUUGUGUGCAGUGUGCGAGACAAGUGGAGAAUUGCCCCGUGUGUAGGCGGAGGGUGUUGAGCGCUAUGAAGCUUUACUAUGUGGCGUAGAUGAGCGGAGCCUUGGGGAUUGGAAACUUGCAGUGUCCGGGUGAGGAAAGGAAGGAGAUCAGAGUAUGGCGUUUGAUCAUGGGGUGGGUUCUGUUUGGCGUACGGGUCUUUUUGGAUGAUAAUGGGGGAUUUGAUUGGGCGUUUUUUUUCUUCCUCUCCAUCCGGACCUGUCAUAAGUACGAAGUUGUUCCUUCCUUAGCAAGGUGCUGGGUGUAUAGGCGUUGCAUCUCUCGUUUCAUCGUUGAGACGGCAGGUGCUGGGCUAGAUUGCGACUUGUAGCUUCAUCUAUAGGCUACGGC